AUGUUAGACAUUCGUCUUUUUCGUGCGGAACAGGGUGGCAAUCCCGAGCUGGUUCGAGAGUCGCAGCGCCGUCGGUUUGCGGACGUGAAGCUCGUGGAUCGCGUCAUUGAGUUGGACGAGCGCUGGAGGCAGGCCCAGUUUCGGGUGGACGCGCUCAGGCGCGAACUGAACGAGUCCUCGAAACGGGUAAGUGGCCUCAUCAAGUCUGGUGCAGAUGCGAGCGAGCUCAUCUCGUCUGUAGCGGACUUGAAGCGUUCUAUACCAGCGGCGGAACGAGAGGCCGCUGCUCUAGAGCAGGAGCGGGAUGCUUUACUGCGUGAGAUCGGUAACCUUGUGCAUGAAAGUGUGCCUGUUUCUGUGGACGAGGCGGACAAUCGAGUCGAGCGUCUCUGGGGCUAUCCAGAACUCGCUGAUGAACGCGUGAAGAACGCACACCGUAGCCACGUAGAGCUCCUGUUGGCACUCGGCGCUGCAGACUACGAGCGCGGAGCUCGCGUUGCCGGAAGCCGGGGCUACUUUCUGAUAGGCCCUGGCGUUCGCCUCAACCUCGCGCUUGUGCAGUAUGCGUUGAACUUUUUACGAGAACGCGGCUUUCGUGAAAUGCAACCACCAUAUUUUAUGACAAGUGAUGCGAUGGCACGCUGUGCGCAGCUCUCUGACUUUGACGAGCAGUUGUACAAGGUGACCGUUCGCUCUCGCGGAGCCGCAGCGGGCGAACCAGAAAGCUCCGGAACUGGCGGCACGAAUGCAACGGCAGCCGCGGCCGAAGACGACAAAUACUAUCUGAUCGCGACCUCGGAGCAGCCAAUUUGUGCCUACCACACUGACGAGUGGCUGGAUCCGUCGACAUUGCCACUAUUGUACGCAGGGUUUUCGACCUGUUUCCGGAAAGAGGCCGGCGCUCAUGGACGCGACCAGCUGGGAAUUUUCCGAGUGCAUCAGUUUGAGAAAAUAGAACAGUUUGCGGUGACAUCUCCACUGGACGGGGCCUCUUGGGAGAUGCUCGAACGCCUCCUGGGGAACGCGGAAGAGUUCUACCAAUCCCUGGGAAUACCAUACCGAAUCGUGAGCAUUGUCAGUGGAGCGCUUAAUAACGCCGCUUCGAAAAAGUACGAUCUCGAGGGUUGGUACCCUGCCAGCAAGGCGUGGCGCGAGCUCGUCAGCUGCUCGAACUGCACGGAUUACCAGUCUCGUAGGCUGCUCACUCGUUACGGUAUGAAAAAGGGCGGUGACCGCGAAAAGAGGUUUGUGCACAUGCUGAACAGCACUCUGUGCGCGACCACCAGAGUAAUAUGCUGUAUUGUGGAAAAUUAUCAGCGAGAGAACGGGGUGGAGGUUCCGGCAGUCCUGCAACCGUACCUUGGUGGCGAGACGUUGCUGCCGUUUGUCAAUUUGCCACAGAAAGGCUCACUUGCCGACCAGUCAGGCUGA